AUGGAUGAAGUGCGCGAAAAGAUGAAGAAUUUUUUAAUUAAUUCCAACACGAGUGGGAUCGAGUUGGGCGUAUUUCUAACGGACCGGUUCCCGCGCCCCGUCGAGCCCUUCCUCAGCUGGCUGCGUCCGAGCACCAGCCGGUGGUUUUCCACCCAUUUGGCCCACCGAAAGCGGGCAGUUUCCAUAGCAGGGUUGCUGCUGCUCCUGUUCCUGAGUGCACUGUUCCUCGUCGGCAAGCACACUGCAAUUAGCGGACGGCUGCCACUGCUGGCAACGUUGUUUGCAAAUGAAGAUUGCAUCCUGACCAUGCCGGCGCAGUUGCAGAAGGCGUUCCGACCACCGGAGAGCUGUGGUUUCUGCCGUGAGGUUCACGGAACCGUGCCGCGGCUAGCCAACGUCAGCCCGGAUGAGUUCAGGCGCGACCACGCGUACCGAGGUGGUCCGGUCAUCGUAACCGACGCGACCACCAACUGGACCGCGGUUGAGCGGUUCGACUACUGGUUCUUCAAGCGGCUGUACGACACGCACGGUGUUGGUCCGCGGGCUGAACGCUGUCAGUUCUUCCCGUAUCAGACCGGGUUUCGGGAUAUCCGGGAGGCACUGUCGCUGCCGGAACCGCGCGUUCGCUAUGAUCCCGGGACGGCUCCGUGGUAUUUUGGCUGGAGCAAUUGUGAUCCGGCGAUCGUGCGGGUGCUGCGAGAGCACUACCAGCGGCCGUAUUUUUUGCCGGCGGAUUCCGAGGACAGUGCCAUCGAUUGGGUGUUUAUGGGCGGACCCGGGCUGGGGGCGCAUAUGCACGUCGACAACGUUCGUCUCCCUUCAUGGCAAUCACAACUGAAAGGCUCCAAGGAAUGGAUUCUCGCACCACCGCCAGAAUGUUUGUACCAGUGCGAGUUUCUGUCGGUCAUUGUGCAAACAGGAGAAACAAUUGUGCUGGACACCAACAAGUGGUACCAUAAAACGAACGUACUCCCCGGACCGAUCAGCAUCACCGUCGGUGCCGAGUAUGACUAAGCGUUCCAGUUCACAACUCACCUCGAAAUGAUCGUCGUCCCCGGUGGCAGCUCCACGAUGUCCUCUCGUAUUUCUAGAUCGUUGUAGAAGCUCACCACGUGCGGUUCGUUGUUGCGGAACAUGCACGACCCAUUCGCCGACGGUAUCCGAUUAAACAGCGGGUCAUCAUCGUCUGCAAAAAGAGCAUCCCCACCAACAAAUGGUACAUGUUGAGUGUUGUAUCGAUGU